CCUAUAUACAUUUUUUUUUUCCAGAUGGUUUCUGUUGCCCUUCCACCAUUUUUGAUUUCCAGUCUUGCUAUUUACGCGUUGCACUGGCACUUCCCUUCUCCUCUUUUUGCUUUCGCCCUCUGAAAUUGGCUUCAGAAUUGCUGCUCCUUCGUUUUCCUUAUCUAUUUGAUUACUCUCUAUAAACAAUUGCAAACAAUUUGCAUUCACUUGUUUGGAAAGGCUUGAAAUCUUCUACCACCAGUCUAUCAGUAUAGUAGGAGUCUAAUGUGGACAUCAUGGUUUUCAAGAUUUGAGUUUUCAUUUCCCUCUACAUGUUCACUUUUCCGUCUUCCUAAAUAGGACCCCAGUUGAGACCUUAUACUCUUGAUGAUGUUCGAGGAAAUUCCUUAUCCAAAUUGUUUUAGGAUCUGCACGUUGUCUCUGUUUCUUGGUUGUGCUUGUUGGAUAUCUGUCUAUUGGAAAUGUUAUGGCGCAAAUUUCUUGAUUUUUUUUAUCGUAGCCUUGAUGUUUUGAAAGCUAUUCGCCUCGGUUGAUUUUUGUUCACAUGUUUCCUGUGUCACUCAGUAAGAGCAGAUUAACAUGCGAUGAUGCAGGGAUAUUUAAUUGUAAUUGCAGGCUACUGAAAUCCUUUGUCUAAGAAAUCCAAAAAGGGUUCUUUUCUGGCAUUUGGCUGGGAAAAUUAUUUGUCUUCUUUCAGUUAGAUGCUUGAUAUUCGCAAACUACUAGUACGAGUAGUUUAGUCUUCAAUCAUUUUGUGAAAGGGCCAACAGUAGUUUGCAUCUUUUUUCUUUUAUAAGAAAACCUUGCAUCUCAUUAUACGUUACCUACUCCCUCAACUAAAUUAGGUUGUGGGAUCUGUGCUGGGCUAACUGAAGAAUAGAAAGAAGUGGUCUUGCAGGAUGAUGGAGUGCCCUUUGCCUGGUCAAGGGAAUGAACAAAAGUAUGAAGUCAAAUCCUGCACUUUGUGUUCAAAGGAAACUGAUAAGGGAAGAGUUGAUAUACUAUUCUUCAAAGAAUAUAGAUUUGUCUUCUCAGAACCAUGGGAGAGAUACUUUCAGUAAUCGCAUAAUUUUUAAAUACUAAUAUCAUGCUGCCAUUCAUAAGAUCUUGUGAUGAUAAAGUCACAGCACAACCCAUCAAUUACACCAUUUUCCUCUUUGACCCAAGGACAUGGCAAUUGUUUUUGGAGGUCAUUUGUACAAGUACUUGUACUAUGAAAAGCAUCUAGGUCAGCUGUCCAAAUGGAAAACUGCUAAAGAAAUGGCUGCUGUUGUACGGUCCCUGCUUACCCAAUAACAGCUGAAGCAAAUCUUCGUGACUCAUGAAAAAAUGUUGGAUGCUUAGUGGUUUACUUCCUUUGCCUUUUCAUGCAUGGUCUGAGAUUGAGAAAUUUGGUGAUUUAAUAUUGAUAUCUACUGUAUCCUAAACGGUCUGCUUUGACAUCUAUGAUGAUAGGCUGAAAAGUAUCUCAACCUACGAUCGGUUCUCUCAUCUGAUUCUGACUUGGUGUGAAGAAUGAGGCGCAUGUCGGGGAAAAAACAAAAAACCAAUUGUGUAUGGGAGGAGUGGGGGGAUAAUAGUCUUGUCAUCACUUUGAGAUUGCAGCAUCCCUUAACUAACAGUUGAAGUGUGUUAAGUGACAGAAAAUAAACAUUAAGGGUAACUGACAUUACUGGUAUAUUUUAUGGGUAUAUGUGAUGAAUCCAUAAGAUUAGUUUUUGUGUGAACUACUUGUGUUACUUAUCGUGUUAAUGGUAAUCCUUUUUGUUAUCUUUUUCUUCGGAGAAAGAAUCAGUUUUGUUUUAGGGCAAACUUACUAUGGGAGAAACACCAUCAGACAAAAAAGGGUGCUCUACUUCUACUAUAGUAAAGAUUAUCGUGGAGUCCAUGAUAAUUACUGCUAUGCUACUUACUACUAUAGUUGCUCAAAUAUGCAGAGCCUGAGAGCUUCCAUUUUGAGUUAUGUGAGGAUCAGAGUUUCUAUCAGGGAGCAGUUUUUCGCUCGAGAUGUGAAUGCACUAAGCAGACUCAGCAUGCAACUGCAUGCAUGCAGCACCUCUUCCAGUUCCAGCAAUGACCAAAUAAUGGAACGAGUGGUUUCACUGGUUAAGAAGUUUUCCAGUGUUGAUGCUACAAAGUGGAGUUUUAGAGCGAAGCCAUGCAUGGCAUGCACAGUGAACAGAUUUUGGCCAAGGCAUGCAAAAUGGAAGAGAAGGGAUGAUGGUGCGGGUCAAUUUAUAAGACGUUAGGGUCUGACUAGUCACCACUUGUGGAUGGCUAGGGAAAAGAACCAUCCCUGUUACGAAUUGCCUGGAAUACUGGGGUUCCUUACCAAUUGAAUCAGUAUUGGAAUUUAAUUUGAACAGUUUGCAAUGACGGAAUUGUCUAACUAGAUAAGAUUUCACUGCCUGCUGAGACAUCUGUCUCUAAGAUGAAAUGCUACCGAUCUGCUCUUAGCUCUAUUUGUUGUUUGCUUUUUCAAAUCCAUUAGCUGUAUAUGAUUAUUUAGGCAAAAUAUCGCUUGUUUGGGCCAUAGGUGUCAAGUUUAGAUCAAAAUUAAUUAAGCUUUGGGAUUUCUGGAAGAGACACUCUUAGUGUUAGAUUCGGUAUGCAGUUGCGCACAUAGUGAAAGCCACCUGCAGGGGGUUAAAUUAUUUGGAAAACCUAGAGUGUAACUUCUUUUUUUCCUUGCCUUCUGUCAGUAAUCUUAAGCAUUCCUAUUUCAAAUACAGCACCGCUGUUGAAUUAGUGAAAUGGUUAGUUGCAAGGAUUUUAAACUGAUGUGUUCUUCCAUUAAU